UUGUAGGUGUUUGGCUUGAACCCGAUGGCUAACGAUAUUGCAAGUGAUACAAUGGACGAUAACAAAGAUAAUGAAGGCAAUUCGGCUAUUAUGCAAGGGACUAUGUCGGCUGGACAAAAGCGUGCUCGUGAUGAACGUGGUGGGCCAGCAACGAAGAAAGCGCAUGUUUCAGAUACAGAGGACAAUAUAGUGCAGGUGAAAGUACUGAUUCCCUCAGCGGCUGUUGGUGCUUUAAUUGGCAAAGGUGGAGAAACGAUGCGUAAUUUAAAAAGCGAAUCCGGCUGUCGUUUGCAAAUGAGUAAAAAUCAGGAAGUAUAUCCAGGAACCAAUGAACGUAUUUGUUUGGUGAAGGGAAAAAUCGCAUCUGUCCUGAAAGUUUCCGAUGUGAUUUUGGAGAAAAUUCGUGAGAAAGUGGACAACAAUACCCCGUCAGAUAUUUUCGAUCAUAAAGGAAUGGAACGCAAAAAUGAGAUGAAACUCGUGGUGCCAAAUACUUCGGCCGGAAUGGUGAUUGGUAAGAGUGGUGCGCGUAUCAAGGAAAUUCGUGAGCAGACUGGGGCAAAUAUCCAAGUCUAUCCCAAAGCUGGUAGCCAGGAAGCUAAAGUAAGCCAAGAGCGGAUCAUCACGAUAGCUGCUGAACAGGAUGAAGUUCUCAUGGAUGCUCUUCAACGUGUCUUGGAAAAGGUAGCAGCAGAUCCGCAGCAUGCCAUGGCAACAAUACCAGAUCAUAAGGAUGAUAGUUUUGGUCCUGCUAGUGGCUUGUUGCAUGGAAUAGGUGGUGGUGUCCAGGGCCAGACGAUUCAGCCUUUCGAUUUCAGCAAUCGUAGCCAGAAUGCACCCCAGUUUGGUGGUGCUCCAGCAGUGCAGCAAAACCAUUUUGGACAGAUCAGUCAUGCUGCUGCGCAAGUUUGGCAGCCGAAUCAGCAAAGAGCUUUAGAAGCGACAUAUGCAGCACCAGCAAAAGAUUUAUAUCAGCAGAACAAUAUGGCUGGUUUUAAAUUUAACCCCAUGCAAGGCUUAGGGAAUAAUGAGUUGCUAGCAUUCCUGGACAGUUUGCAAUCAACUUUACGCACAUCUGGCUUCAAUGAGACAAGUGUAGCAGAAGUUAUGCAAGCCAUGCAGAUUUUGGCAAAAUAUAAUAUCAUGGGUUUGGGUCUUGGACUCGGUGUUGCCGCAAUGGCACAGAUGCGGACGAACGAAACUCCCUCUUUGACUUCCUCUCAAAGUUUAUCACAGCCGCAACGAUUCGAGACCACUAACUUAUCAGGUACAUCCGCUACUGUCGAAAAUGCUGAUCGACGAUUCUCUGGUGGAGCAGGCGGAGGAAGUGGUGCAUCAGGAGGAACAGCAGGAGUAACAUCAGGCGGAGGACAAAACGAUUUAAGCAAAUCACUGAGUGGCGUUGGUGGCGUUCUGAUCGAUGUAUUAAGCCAGAAUAAACAAAACAGUAGCUCAUCGAGCGGACAAAAUUUUGCUGCUUCCGUAAUUAAGGAAAAGAUUAUCGACAACAAUCAUAUUGAUCUCGAGAUUCCGGAUACUAUUGUCGGAGCAAUCCUUGGCCCAAGAGCUAAGACACUGGCUGAAAUUCAGCAUUUAAGCGGUUGUAAAGUGGAAGUACACAAACGUGGUACAGCUGCAGGGCAAGGGAAUCGUCUUGUAAGCUUAACUGGAGAUGUGGAUUGCAUACGUAAUGGACGUAUGAUGAUUGAUAAAGUUAUCAACGAUGAACAAAUGCGUCGUAAUCAGCAGGCACAAAAUAAUGCACGUGGCGGAUUUCGUUGAUAUUUUUGGAGUUUUCUUUUUUUUAAAUGAUAAUCGUCUUUUACUACUUUCAAUUCUUUUUCUUUCGGUUUACUUGUCAUUUGGAAUAAUCGGUCAAGUGUAGAAUAACCAUCCUGGACGUGCACUUGUUUUUUGUUUUAGUGUUAUUUUAAAUUCCUUUUUUCAAGAAUCCUCAAUAAUAUUAUUUUGUUUAGGCUUAAACUUCCAUCUUUCUUUCCUUCAUUUGCAACAAAGAUUCUUUAAGAUAAUUUUUUUAUGUUGAUCAAAUUUUCUGAUUUUUUAAAACUGUAGUUCGGAAAUGAAUCUGCUUCUUAUAUUCCUUGUAAGCAGAAUUGUAAUCUCAGCCACAGUUGAGAAUAUUGAUAUCUUGUUAAUGUAACCUUUGGCCAUCCAUUAACUUAUACAGAUGAGUCUUCAGGAUACGAGUGAGUGGGCGGGCCACCAUGAUGAAUUUGGCUGAACUGGUAACAUCCAAACUAUUUUCUACCUUGAUAGAAUGGAUUAGACCUAACCUAGGCGCUCUGACUUUUAUUUGCAUCGAAUUACAGGCUUGCUUUGCGACAACUGCAUUAUUAUGCUCCCUUAUCUUGAUGACAGUUUUGUUUCAAUUUUUUUAGAUUAAGUAUCUUUUCAGAGCUUGAUUAAAUCGUAUUUCUUUUGCUAUAUUUCUACUGAAUCCUGUCCUGCGGUUCUUCUGCUCUCUGCUUGGAAAGGCUGAGAGGGUAACGGAAGCGGUCUCCAUAUGUGAAGGACCAAAAGUCAGAAAAGGUCAUUGGUAAAACUCCUAAAAACUUAUGUUCUGUUUGUGUACUUCUAAUAAUCCCCAUUCAUUGUUAUCAUCUUUGUUUUGGAUUGUUACUAUUGGAAUUAUUUUUGAUUUUCCAUUAAGUCUCC